AAUUUGAUUGUAUUACCAAUGGCUGUAAAUCUCUGCUCGUCUCAGGAAGCAUUUGCAGAUGCAGCUGUGCAGCAAUUUGAGAGUGUCUCUCGUACUUCUUCUCCAUCGUGGGCUCGCAUCCGACAGAGACACAUAGCGUCGAAUGUCUUUGUUGUAGAAUCAGUGUGGGCGCAGCGAGAUUUGGUGAAGAAAGAGAAGAGGCGUUAUAAACGGACCAAUCUACUUUCGUUUCCUUCUUCAGCUGAGGAGAGAAGACGAUCUGGAGAAGCUAACAUAUCGACGAUAGACAAUCUGUCGUUUCAAGUGACCGAACUGUGCAAUGUGUAAGGACACGCACUUGCGCACCCACACCAACAGGCACGCAUGCACGCACUCACGCA